GUAUUGGACUAGUAUUGUUUGGCACUUCAAAGAGGGUAAAAAUGGGUUUCCAAUCAUAAUGCUACUCUUCAUAUUAAAAGCAAUACAUAUCUUUACAAAAAAGAAACUCAAAUCAUAUAAAACGCAAAUAUAAACGAUUGACAGUCAAACCGGUAUGUGGUAUAAAAUAUUGUGUACAAUCGGUAAAACGGAACGUAAAAAACAAACUAGUACCUAAUGUCACUAAUGUCAAAUUUAUGUCACUGUCAUUCGGUCAUUUCGUUUCUCCACAUGUUUCGAGAUGGCCGUGUUGUGUGUUUUGUGAUAUAUUUAAUGUUUAAACGUUGUUUCUGAGAUUUCAGUUGGUUAUCGGAGACUAAUUUUCUUUAAUAACUAGAAAUAUUUGCUAUUACAAUUUACCUACGAUUGUACAAGUAAACUGUACACAAACUAAAAUACUGCCUACUAGAGGCAGUUUAAACCUAAUCAGCGCCUUAGGCGAGAACUUCAUAGGCGUCCUUAAUUUUUUAGGCGCAGCCGUAAUUUCAUGGAUGCGGGUGAAUCGCGGUGUCGCAGUGCCCUUCUGUAACUUGACGCCCUAGACACUGGGCUACAUUAUUUGGAUAAUACCAGUCUACUGCCUAUGUUACACGAUCCGUCAUGGAGGAAUCCCAGCUAUCAACGACCAGUGGCGCAGAAGACGAUGACCCCCAGCCAUCCACGAGCAAUAUUACCGAAGAUGACGAUUCUGAGUCAUCAAGCAGUUCUGCAGAGGACGAACCAAUGGCAAAGCGUCAUCUUACGGUGGAGGAAGUGCGUGGAAUGUGGAAUUUGGUAAAGGUUUAUCGUCAACUGGGCACACGCGAGCAGGCUAUUGCGUUUGCAGAAGACAGGGGCAUGAUACCCCGUACAAAAAUGUGCCAACAUCAUAAGAAAGAAAUGAAAAUAAUAUAUUCUACCAACAAAACUGUAGGAUCAUUUGUUUGCAACAAAUCGCAUCGUAGAGCCAAAUUCAGAGUAAGCAGAGCCAAAGGGACUCUGUUUGACAAUAUUAAAAUAUUAAUGCCACAAGUGUUUUAUUUAAUGUAUGCAUAUGCUCAAAAAUACAGUUACGAUGAAACCAUAAGAGAAGAUUUUUCGGAAAGAGAACAAUGCCUCUCUACGUCUACGAUAAGUAACUGGUUCAAUCAGUACCGAGAGGCAGUUGUCAAAUAUCAAAAACAUCAACAAUCAAUGAAAGGCCACAUUGGAGGUAUGGGCAAAGUUGUCCAGGUUCACGCAAGUCAAUUCAGUAAAAGGAAGAACAAAGAGUCUGGAACCAGAGGUCUCUGGAUCCUGGGAAUGAUAGAGGAUGGGAAUGAGGAUCUUCGCUUAGAAGCCUGCACAAGUAAUAUUCUUUCUGCAGAAGUUUUGUUACCCUUGAUAAAAAAGCAUGUGGCUGAGGGUACCACCAUAAUUACAGAUACUUCCCAAGCCUAUGAUUGUCUGGGGGAUAAUGGAUAUAUUCACCGUAAAAUGAACCACAGUGACGAAAACAACCAUACUGUGGGAGAAAAGGUGCGUGCUCAAAGAAUACAGUCACAUUCACAGUGGUGUGCUGUCAAACGUUUCUUGUCCAAGGACAGUUAUUCUAAUAAUAGUUCAAAUAUGGACGAUCUGAUCUACGAAUAUUUAUGGAGAAGGGAAGUAAAAAUGAAAAGAGAAGAUCCCUUUGAGGAACUUAUUCAUGUAAUAAAUCACAGUUACAAAAAUCAUAACCCACCCUUAUUCUUCGCUACAGUUGAAUAAUAAAUAGACUUAAGUACUUAUAUUGUUGUUUUAUUUUAAAUAUUAUUUUUGAAUUUAUGCUUAGAAGAAAAUAAGCUCUAAGAUAAGUAAAAGAUAUAUCUUUUUAAGACCUGGCCUUCAACAACUUUUAUUUUGAGCUCAGGUUCCAAAAUAUAUUUUGUUAUAUUUUUUUUGUAACUUUUUACC